AUGGAGCCCAAUAAUCCUUCACAAGGCUUUUUGAAGGCCAUCGAAAGCGUUAUGCGAACUUAUGACGCGGAGCUCAGGAAUAUUAACCAUUUGAUAUGGUCGAACCCCGAACUUGCUUUUAAAGAGUACAAAGCGCAUGAUAACAUUUGCACUAUGUUUGAAAGUCUCAAACUAGAUGGCUACCGUGUCUGCCGGAGUGCCUAUGGGCUAGAAACAGCCUUCAAGAUUGAGUAUACUCACAAAUCUGGAGGCCGAGUGGUGGUAUUCAAUGCAGAAUAUGAUGCGCUCCCGGGGAUCGGACAUGCCUGCGGUCACAAUCUCAUAGCAACCAGCUCUAUCGCUGCGUUCAUCGCAACCUGUGAAACUUUGAAGGCCCAGUAUGGACAUGGCCCUGGAUUCACUGUUCGCCUUUUGGGUACUCCCGCGGAGGAAGCUGGAGGAGGAAAGAUUCUGUUGAUUAAGAAGGGGGCGUACAAAGAUGUAUUCGCCUGUCUUAUGGUUCAUCCUAUGUCGCCUGCGCCAAAAAGUGACAAGUUUCUCAGUAUAGCAGCAGGCCUGCCAGGGGGUUUCCUGGCGACCGAUGACGUCCGCGUCACAUUCAGAGGUAAAGCUGCCCAUGCAUCGGCGGCCCCAUGGGAGGGUGUCAAUGCUCUUGAUGCAGUUGUGGCUGCAUAUCUGAAUAUCUCCCUUCUUCGUCAGCAAAUGUUACCAAGUCAAAGAGUUCAUGGCACCAUCGUGCACGGUGGCGACCGUCCGAACAUCAUACCCGAGUCUGCCUCUGUAGACUAUUGCAUGAGAGCAUCAAGUGUGAAAUCUCUGGACAGCUUGAGAGAAAACGUCACCAAGUGCUUUGAAGCUGCUGCAACAGCUACUGGCUCUAAGGUUGAUUUUGAGUGGGGCGGCCUUUCAUAUGCCGAUCUUAAGGUCAAUCGGCCAAUGUGUGAGAGGUUUGUCCAUGUAAUGCAAAUAAUGGGCCACGAUUCAGUUUUCCAGUUGGGUGAGCAAGAAGGUCUCCUAAGCGGCGGGUCCACAGACAUGGGCAACGUUUCCUACGAGGUACCGGGCUUUCAUGCAAUGUAUAUCAUUCCCGCAAAUGGUGUAAAUCACACACACGAGUUUACUAGUGCUGCGGGAUCAUCUGAAGCAUUUGAGCGCACCAUUGCCUGCGCGUCAGGAAUUGCCGCUGUCGCAUGUCAACUGAUUGUUGAUGAUGAUUUCGCCAAACAAGUACAAUAUUAUUUCCGGGAAGCCGAAUGA